GCUUUGAUGAAACCACCAUAGAAGAAGAGAAGAACGGGCGCGCGGCACUGGGGGUCUGAAUUUGAAUCGCGGAAGAAAAACAAGCGAAGCUGCACAGAACAGCAUUCAUCCUCGGUGUGAUUCGUAGCUUCCUGGGAUGGCACAAGGUCACAAAUUCCAGGACCUGGAGGAGACUGGUGAGGCUCUGGUCGCCUUCAUCAACAGCAGCCAGCCCGAGACUCUGCGGCAGGUGAAAGCGGAACACCAAGCUCUGUUCGAUCGUCACACAGAAACAAGAAGGAUCGUGACGCAGAUUUUGAAGGAUGUUGUUCAGAUAGAGGAGGAUGCCGGUCAGAGGCUGCUGGACAUGGAGGAGGAGAAGCAUCUCAGGGACCAGGAGCUGAGGAGCCUGGAGGAGCAGCUGAGCCAGCUCACGGCUAAGAGCCAGACGAGCGAUUCAGAAAUACAGUUUCUGCAGAAUGAGCUGGAGCGUCUGAAAAGCAGCGAGAACGAGCUGGAAACUCUCCAGAAUGAAGUGGAUGAAGACACGACCGAGGUCAUCCCGUCUGCAGUACACGUGGCUCAGCUGUACUACCUGGUAACCAAGAUCAAGUGGGAGUACGACACUCAGCCCAACAUUUUAAAAGGAGUUCAUUAUGGUGCCGAGCUGGCCACGCCCAUUCACAUCGACACCUCCACGCGCUCGCGCAUCGACAUCAGUGACCAGCUGUGGGGCUUCGUCAGUUCGCAGUGGUAGCAGAAGAACGACCUCGUUUGUUUCUAAUUGUUUGUGGAUGAGCUUCUUGUUCGUAUUUGUUUUAACAAUAAAACGUAUUUUACUUUGA